CACACACACACACACGCACACACUUGUCUGCUCAAGUCCUCUCUAACUUGUGGACUAUAGGAAGAUAUUUUCUUUCCCCCUGUGGAUCCGAGGACCAAGAUUUUCUUUUUUCUUUUUUCCCCCCUUCUUGUUGUAGAAGCUGUGCGUCGUGACCACCGGAUACUUUUACGCACAGUUCUUUAACUCUCACGAGGACAAUGCCUCGAUCUUUCUUGGUCAAGCAGUACUUCGCGAAACAAAAGCCAAACUACAGUGAACUGGAAUGUCAGAAUGACACGUCACUGGAGAGGUAUCCUUUUGCUGAGCUCACAUCAGGGGUCAACACCUCCACUGCCACCUGCUUCACAACAGGUCUGGUGUGGGACCUGAGCGUCCUGCCCGCCCUCUUACUGCCCACCUCCAAAACAGAGCCCUCCGCCACCCCGGGCCCCCUGGACCUCAGCUCCCCUUCCAGCCUCAGCAGCAGCGCGAGCAGCUGCGGCGAAGAGGACGAAGGACGCACCUCCGACCCCCCCAGCCCCGAACCUGUACACAUGUACGGCCCCCGCCAGCGGAUGAAAUGCACCGGCGUCAUGCCUCACAUCAGUCCCCCCGAGGAGGAGAGGGAGGCCCCCGUCACAGCGGCCAGGCCGGCCUUCCUCUGCAAACACUGCCCCAAAGAGUACACCAGCCUCGGGGCUCUGAAGAUGCACAUCCGCUCCCACACCCUGCCCUGCGUGUGCACCACGUGCGGAAAGGCUUUCUCCAGGCCGUGGCUGCUGCGCGGCCACAUUCGCACACACACAGGCGAGCGCCCGUUCUCCUGCCCCCACUGCAACCGGGCCUUUGCCGACCGCUCCAACCUGCGGGCUCACCUGCAGACCCACGCCGAGGUGAAGAAGUACCAGUGCGGCGUCUGCUCUCGCACCUUCAGCCGCAUGUCGCUGCUGCAGAAACACAGCUCCUCCGGGUGCUGCUCCUCCACGGCGUGAGACACCACCGAGAGAGAGAGACAGAGGGUACCCAUUCGGAGCUCAGGGCAGUGGAGAGCUAGUGGCCACAGAGAGGAAGUUUACACACCCCCAGCUGGCCUGUUGAAGACCUGUGGGGCCACUAAGAGUAUGAAGUGGCCUUCUUUAAGAGCGCCGGAGGGAAUCGAGCCACAUUAUGGAUCUGACUUUGCAAGCCGUUUAGCUUCUUUGCUCUGAAAAAAACAUCCGAGGAGCCCAUUUUUCUUUUUUUUUUCUUUCUUCAAAUCUAUUGUUCUUGAGGCUGGACCAAAUCUGAACUGAGCAAUGCCGACACUCUCUUUAUAUCUACGCCCCUUUGUUGCUAUUGUGCCCAUUCCAAAGACCAAACAUGUAGUGAACUCAUUGGGGUAAGAGGUGUUCUUUCCUGUCUCCGUCCUGGUGCCGGCCAGCUCAGGAUCAUAGCCUAGACACAGCUGCUGAGAGGUAGGGGUGCGUGGGUGGAAUAAAUCUCUCAGCGUGCCUCAAAACACACACACACACACACACACACACACACAAAAGCAAAUGCACACACAGCUGUCCCUGGUACUGUGGUGUAGAUAGACGAGGUGCUAACAGGUGCUCCAGCCAUGACCUUGCUGGCUGAUAGCAGGUGACUUCCACUGCCCUUGGUUUGCUUUAAGAAAAAAAGAGGAAGCGUGUCAUCACAAAAGAAUGGCAUCAGUUAGUCCUUCUUUUUUUUCCGCCAGUGAGCAUCGCAUUAAGCCUCUAUUUUGUCUACAUCAAAGCCAUCUCUUCAAUCUGAUGAUUUCUUUCAGAGAUAGGAAAAGCCAUGCCGCCUGUUAUUAUCCAAAGAAGAAGCUUCGCUUUGCAGCGACGUGGAUUUCAAUGCGAGCCGUGCACUCUAGGUUACCACAGUGUUAAUAAUACCAGCCAAAGCCAUAUUUUGUAUUUUAAUGAAUUUGUGCCUUUGAAAAUUGUAUUACUUUUGAAACCAAAAAAUGUGCCUUUUUUUUUUUUUUUUUUUUUACCUCAGUAUUUGUGGAUUUAAAAUAAACAUUCAUUGCAGUAUUAGUAGAAAUUACCGGCAAACAGUUUGAAAUGUAAGAAGGCCGGGACCAAAGAUUUAAAAAAGGUUUACACCGUGGAGACGUGGUCGACUAGCAUCAGAACCCUGUCGAUGGACAGUACAAAGAUACUUUUUUUAACUUUCCUAAACAUUUUAUGGCAGUGUUUAUAGUGCAAUGAGCAGAUGUGUUGUUUCAAUUUUGUACUAUGCUUGUUUGUUCACUCCUAUUUCUUGUAUGUUG